AUGAUCAUCACUACGCACCUAUUCUCCCCAUCAACUCUUGGGCUUGUCAGCUUGCUGGCAUGUCUGUACGGCCUGUCUCUUGUCGCGUAUCGCCUCUUCUUUAGUCCCCUACGAAAGUUUCCAGGCCCUAAGCUCGCCGCGGCAACCUUUUGGUAUGAGUUCUACUACGAUGUCUACCUAGGUGGCCAGUACAGCUUCCAAAUCGGCAAGCUGCACGAGAGAUAUGGCCCGGUAGUCAGGAUCAACCCGUUCGAAAUCCACGUCCAGGUCCCUGAGUUCUACAACACUCUUUACAGCAGCACGAAGCACCGUCGAAACAAGUGGGCUUGGGCUAGCGGCGCUUUCGGUGUCGACCUGUCCACGUUCGGGUCUGAGCUGCAUGAAGCCCAUCGCCUGCGACGUUCAGCUAUUGCGCCGUUCUUUUCCAAGAACCGUGUCAGGAAGCUGGAGCCGAUGAUCCAGGACAGAGCAUUCGCGGUUCUCGGAAGACUCAAGGAGUUCUCGGCCAACGGCGAGGUCUUGAGACUGGACCAUGCCUUGACGGCGUACGCUACCGAUAUCAUCACGAACUAUGCAUUCGGACUGUGCAACGAUAGAGUCAACGCGCCAGACUUUGAUGGGGGCUUCCACACAGCUUGCCUUAGUGGAUGCCAACAGGUCUUCAUGUCCCGGCAGUUCCCCCUGCUCAAGGACAUCGUGAAGAUGAUUCCCGGCGCUUGGCUUCUCAAGUGGAGUCCGGCUAUCAACUCCUACUUUUCAAUGCAAAGAGAUAUCGGCAGGCUCAUCACCAAGAUUUGCCGCCAAGACCGCAGCGAGUGGCCGGAACUGGAACACCCAACUUUCUUCCACGAACUGCUGGACAGCAAGCUCCCCGAGAGCGAAAAGUCCAUCGCACGUUUGGCACAAGAAGGAGGUUCACUUCUCGGAGCUGGAACAGUCACCACGUCAUGGACCAUCACCUCGGGCGUCUUCCACCUCUUGCGCAACCCCCAAGUCCUCCACAAGCUCAAGACGGAGCUGACCGAAGCCUUACCCGCCAAUCUUGUCGCCUCCAACGACAAGAGCCUAAUCGCCGUUCUUGAAAACCUUCCCUAUCUGUCGGCGGUGACGCACGAGAUGGUUCGAGUAGGCCACGGACUCGUAUCACGAGCCGCGAGAAUCGCCCCUGAUGAGGAUUUAGUGGUCCCGGGAACCGACUUCGUGAUCCCCAGAAACACCCCGAUAUCCAUGACCCAUCUGCUUCUGAACCGAGACCCUAAACUGUUCGAGUCCCCAGAGCUCUUCCGACCUGAACGCUGGAUCGAGAACCCGGGGUUGUCCCAGUGGCAGUUUGGAUUCAGCAAGGGCGCUCGUGCUUGCUCUGGGCGUGAUCUGGCCAUCGCCGAGAUCCACCUCAUCAUCGGGGUACUGUUCCGAACGUAUGGGACAAAGGAGGUCAGAUUUGAGGACGAUAUCGGAUUCCUAGAGUUGUGGGAGACGGACGAAACGGAUGUGGAUUGCUCGGUGGACGCUAUGGUUCCACGACCCAAGACUGACUCCAAGGGCGUUCGCUGCAAGGUCCAUCCCUGGUAG